AUGGACCAGUUGCAAAUCCGCCACUCGAACAUGAAAUCCAUCGUCUCAAUGGUGAAGCAGACAACUGAGGACCUAGCCAGAAUGUCGGUGUACUGGGACAAAGCCGAGUUCGGGGAGCUCUACAGGGAACCUGGCAAAUCGUUCGGAGCACAUUUUCGUGAGAUUUCAUUAAACCCGGAGUGUGGAUUGUACCUGGUGUUGUGCAGGCUUCACUGCAUUCUAGGGAGCUUCAGGGAGAGGCCUUACUCCAAGAAAGGGAUUGCUGAGAUCAGAGCCAUCAGUCAGAAGGAGGGCAUGGUGUCAAGGUCGAUUCGUUAUUGGCGGGACUUCCUGAUCAUGAGGGACAUGCAUAAACUGCUGAUCAGAAUCAACCAGGACAUGCUGACAGCGGUGGACAACAUGAAGAAACGUCACAAACCACGUUUCCUUCAACAAACACAAUAA